UUGCCCAUUUUUCAGGUGUCCGAUCAUCAAAACCAACAUUCCCCAUGCUUCCUUGAUUCAAUGAAGCUUCAUUGGAUCCACCCAUCAUUUUUUUUUUGGUCUAUAUAAGGACCAGAAGGUGUAGCUGUCCCUCUUCCAAGAAAGGAAAAGGAAAAAGGAAAAGGAAAAGGAAAAGUAUGCAGACUGAGCUUCAGAGUGAGUCGUUUGAUUACCGGACGGAGCUUCUGUCGCCAGCGCUGCCCGGAGAGAACGGGAGUGCGAUGAGGGUGCCGUCGUGGCGAAUCAAUUUUGAGGAGUUUCAGGUUGCGGAGAAACAGAAGGAUUCCAAUUUUGGUGUGGCGAAGCUUGUGAAGACGAUAAGAAAGCAGAAGAAGCUCGCAGACUAUUACAAGAAGCAGGGGAAGCUACUGGAAGGGUUCAAUGAAGUAGAUGCCUUCACUGAAUUGGGCGUCUUGCCUGGGAGUUUAACCGAGGAUGAAAUGAAGCAGCUUGCAAACAAUGAGAGGCUGGCAAUUCAGGCAUCCAACAUAGCAAACAUGGUUCUUUUCGUAGCAAAAGUGUAUGCUUCGGUUGAGAGCAGGUCACUGGCGGUGAUAGCAUCCACCCUUGACUCUCUCUUGGAUCUUUUAUCCGGCUUUAUUUUGUGGUUUACUGCUUCUGCUAUGAGAAAACCAAACCAAUAUCGAUAUCCUAUUGGCAAGAAGAGGAUGCAACCUGUGGGAAUCGUUGUUUUUGCAUCGGUGAUGGCUACUCUUGGAUUACAAAUAUUGUUUGAAUCCGGUCGGGAAAUCAUUAUAAAGGCUCAACCUGACAGGGAUCCUGUGAAAGAACGAUGGAUGAUUGGGAUAAUGGUCUCAGUUACAGUGAUAAAAUUUGCACUUAUGACAUAUUGUCGCAGAUUCAAGAACGAAAUUAUUAGGGCAUAUGCUCAAGAUCAUUUCUUUGAUGUCAUUACCAACUCAAUAGGUUUGGUAACUGCAGUCCUAGCCAUUCACUUCUUCUGGUGGAUUGAUCCUCUUGGGGCCAUCCUCAUAGCUCUGUAUACCAUGGGUACUUGGGCUAAGACGGUUAUGGAGAACGUGUGGUCAUUGAUUGGGCGAACAGCACCGCCGGAGUUCCUAGCAAAGCUAACAUAUCUGAUAUGGAACUAUCACGAGGAGAUCAAACAUAUUGACACUGUCAGGGCGUAUAACUUUGGCUCCCAAUACUUUGUGGAGGUUGAUAUAGUUGUGCCAGAGGACAUGUCUCUAACUCAAGCGCACAACAUCGGAGAGGCACUCCAAGAGAAGCUUGAGCAACUUCCGGAGGUGGAAAGAGCCUUUGUUCAUAUAGACUUUGAAUACACUCAUAAGCCUGAGCACAUGCCCAAAAAGUGUUGAUCAGGAAGGCUUUGAAUCUAUUAGGGUUUGAUUAUUUGUUGAGGCCCAUAAAAGGAAUGUGUAGUAGUUUUCUAUUUGCCUUGUGUGAGGGAUUGAUAAUCCAUUAGGUCUUAGGGUUUUAUAUUUGUGAGUGAAGAAAUGAUUCAGAGACAUUUUGUUUUCGAUGUCCAAAUUACUUUUCUGAUUUUUGUAACCCUAACCCUAAACCAAAUAAAAUGUGGGUGGUUCUUCGUGGGCUUACCUGCUUUGGACGUAAGAGUAAAUGGAUUAGGACAAGCCCAAGCCCAAGCCCAAUAUGUUAAGCGUAAUAUGGUAAUUUCACAAUGAAGGUAGUCUAGGGUUUCAAUGCUUCUCCACUAUAAAUAUCCAUGCGCAUUCACUCUUUCUCCGCCCGACUCCUCUCUUCCAUAUCCUCUCAUUUUCUCGCAUUUUCUUUUACAUUUUCUUUUACUUUCUUUGUCUGAUGAGUUAGAAAUCAGAAGGCCGGUGAUGCACAAGAAUUGUCCGUACCAUCUGAGAUCUCUUUCCUUGAUGUGAGAUUCAUCUCUAGCUUUCUGAGGCCUUUUUUCUUUUAGUUUUUUAAAUUUUUAUGGUUUAUUAUUAUAGUUUGUUUUGAGGCAGUGAAGAUCGAAAAUCAUACCAUCAAACUAUGAGAGCUUUGAAAAGAGCUUGUUGAUGCUACCAUUAACUUAUUACUCUCUGAGCCUUUUGCUUGAUCUGACGAUUUUUUUUUCCCUAAAAUUUUGUAAUAUUUAGAUGAAAUAAAUGGAGAAGAAUAAGGCAACAAAUUAGAGUC